AUCUUCGUUUUCCGAAUAAUCACGGGUUGCCGUAUUCUCUCUCUCUCUCUCUCUCUCUCUCUCACUUUCAGACAUCGUCGGCCCUAGUUGACCUUAAUUUCGACUUGGUGUUAAUCAGCUCUAAACGGAUGGAAAGUGGUUCAUCCUUAUACUACGGAACUGUGUCUUUGUCAUGGUGUCAAGGAAUAAUUUUGCCUCCCAAAACAGUGCCUUUGCGGAUCUCUUUCAAUUCAAAAUCACAACUUUUGAAGCUUGACCUUUGCCACGGUCUUUGUUCACCCCCUUCUUUUCAGUUGUUCGCUUAUAAGGGACGCUAUAUCGGGUGCUUUCAACAUAAAAGGGAGAGUCUGGGUUGUUCAAGUUGUUCUGCUCGCAAUAGCUUUAUAUGCAGUCCGAGGGCGCAUGGCAUCAUACCGUGGUCCCUUUCUAAUAAACAGGAGAAGCUUAAUGUGCCACAUUACAAUGUUAAAAUGCAAAACCGAGGGAAGGCAUCCAGAGACAUAGUUGUGAGAUCUGAACUUACUGGAACUGGGAUCCCUGACACAACUUUCCCGUUACCAGAACAAAACAUGGUUUCAAAAGCUAGGGGGAUAUGCUUUUAUGCUGUUACUGCUGUUGUCGCAAUUUUUCUAUUUGUGCUGAUGGUCUUGCAGCAUCCUUUUGUGCUCUUGUUGGAUCGAUACCGAAGAAAAGCUCAUUUCUUUAUUGCUAAACUUUGGGCAACGUUAACUGUGAGUCCAUUUUUAAAUAUUAAGUUUGAGGGAUUGGAGAAUCUGCCUCCAGUACAGACUCCAGCCGUAUAUGUCUCCAACCACCAGAGUUUUCUAGACAUAUAUACUCUUCUGACUCUCGGGAGACCCUUUAAGUUCAUCAGCAAAACCAGCGUAUUCCUCUUCCCUAUUAUUGGUUGGGCCAUGUUUCUCUUGGGUGUAAUUCCUUUAAAGCGCAUGGACAGCAGAAGCCAGUUGGACUGUCUUAAGCGAUGUAUGGAUCUUAUAAAGAAGGGGGCCUCAGUCUUUUUCUUCCCAGAAGGAACACGGAGUAAAGAUGGAACACUAGGUGCUUUUAAGAAAGGUGCCUUUAGCGUUGCGGCAAAGGCUAAAGUGCCAGUAGUGCCUAUCACCCUUAUAGGAACUGGUAAACUCAUGCCUUCAGGAAUGGAGGGUAUCUUGAAUUCUGGAGAUGUCAAAGUCAUUAUUCAUAAGCCAAUAGAAGGAAGUGAUCCGCAAGUGCUGUGCGAUGAAAGUAGAAAUGUAAUUGUAAAUGGGCUCACGCGUCAUGCCUAAGUAUCUGCUCACACUUUUGUUUUUUUGGGCCUGCAAGGCCAAAUAAUAAUUAACCUCUUUGUCUAGAACAUAGACUUAUACCCUGAAGUUUCAGAUUAGGACUUACUCAAGUGUAGCACCUAAAACUUUUGCGGCAGAAUGGCGCUCGACUCGUUUCCACCAGCUGAGAAAUUCUUAGGUUUAGUGGUAGAGCUGCCAUACUCACUAACAAAACUUAUCACUGGUGGGCUUUUGCAAUAUCAGAUGGUUACAUUACAGAUAUCAACUUGUCGUGUUUUGUUCUGUAGAGACAGGAUCAAACAAGGGGUGGGUCAGUCAUUUGCUGGUUGACCAAAUUCUGUUCAGUUUUCACAAAUGGUCAUAAAGUGGCUUCUCAAUCUUCUACUUUUGCUUUCAACAUUCUGCCCUUUGCUUGCUUAAUAAGUGAUCUGUUUUACAAUUUUGAUUUUCUUCAUUGUAUCAUGCUUGGAUAACUGGAUGUGAUGUUUGAGAAAUCUUUCUCAUCUCGAGUGAAAUUACAAUUUACAACAGUACCACCACUACUACUAAUAUCUGAAAUUGAUUUAACUGGUGAUAGCUGUUGGUUCCUAAGGUAAAAUAGCAUCCUCAAUUAAGAAUUUAAUGUGGAAGGAAA